UCGCUCGCUGAAUGGCUGGUAGUCCGCAGCAUCCCCGCCUCUGGCCACCGCAGCCACAGGUUUACGGUUCCGGGCAGAAGCGCCCCUCCUGAAGCCAGCUGGGGCACCCUACUCUCUUCUGCACCCACCAUUGCCCUGUGUACCUUCCUGCCUCACUUCUCGCCACUCCUCUGGCGGUCGCUCUCCUCCCAUCGACCCCCUCCCCCCAGGGGGCGCUUUGGCCACCAGAGACGCAGCAGGAGUCAUUUCUCCCUGAGGGCCAGGAGGCCCGCAGAGAGCCUGAGAGUGGAAUCUAUUUACACGCGGUAUUAAUUAGUCUUUGAGGAGUCGUUCAUCCACUUGCCAAUGUAAUUGUUGGUGUCCCGGCUGUAGGCUCGACCAGCCGCGACCGGGAGGAGAAAACCCGCUCACUCACGGCGGGGAGUUGAAACAGCGCUCUGAGGAGCGUCCCCCGGUGGCCGGGCAGGACCUCGGACAGCGCCUGCGACACCAAUCCUUAGUCGUCUUGGGGUUUUCCAGCGUUGGUAAAGCUGCGGUUGCUUCCAGGGCUUGCAGCUUCCAAAUUCUCGCCACCACACCCCUUCUUCUGAAACUGGGACUCAUCGCGCCUGUUGUGUGGCUUUUUUUUUUUUCUUCCGAAAGGUCCGUGUCUUAUCGCUCAAGUUCAAGUCCGGAGGACUUGCCCAGUCUCCUCCCCUUAAGUCAUUCUCUAUCCUCUGGCAACCGCGGAAAUCCGGGAGUCCUAGGCUGCUGGUGUCAGUGCCAACACAGGCAGUCCGAGUCGGUCGGGUGCAGCAACCGGGCACAUUCGUCUCUCUCCCUCCCUUUCUGCCUUCUUCCGUCGUCUUCUCUACCUGCCCCUCCUUCUCUUGCCUCUUAAGUUUCCUGCACCGGGAAUCCAACUGUGCCAAGCCUAGGCUUCCGCGGACCAAUCCGGAUCGCGACCCGGGCACUGGGACAACGACUCCGCCAAGGCUGGACGAAGCAGCUGGACCGGCCCUUGCCCGAGCAUGGAGACGGAGCUCCAGGGAGGGCACGUCCCGGGCGCUGGAGACUCCAGGCCGUAGUAGCUCCUCCAUGGAGCCUGUUCAGAGUGGUCCUUGCUCGCUGCAUUUGCCUCCAGUCCUGUGCGGCUGCUGAGAGCGCUCGCUGCUCUGUAAAGUGGAUGUCAGGUGGAUCUAUGUUUUUGAAGGAACAAAGACUCAGCCAAGGCACCGCCAAGGAAGUUUGAGAGGAGGGAGGAUGCAGGCUGCGUGCUGGUACGUUCUUCUCCUCCUGCAACCCACCGUCUACUUGGUCACGUGUGCCAAUCUAACAAAUGGUGGAAAAUCGGAACUUCUGAAGUCAGGAAGCAGCAAAUCCACACUAAAGCACAUAUGGACAGAAAGCAGCAAAGACUUGUCUAUCAGUCGGCUCCUCUCACAGACUUUCCGUGGUAAAGAAAAUGACACAGAUUUGGACCUGCGCUAUGACACCCCAGAACCUUAUUCUGAGCAAGACCUCUGGGAUUGGCUGAGGAACUCCACAGAUCUUCAGGAACCUCGGCCCAGGGCCAAAAGACGGCCCAUUGUUAAAACCGGCAAGUUUAAGAAAAUGUUUGGAUGGGGUGAUUUUCAUUCCAACAUCAAAACAGUGAAGCUAAACCUAUUGAUAACUGGGAAAAUUGUAGAUCACGGCAACGGAACGUUUAGUGUAUAUUUCAGGCAUAAUUCCACUGGUCAAGGGAAUGUAUCUGUCAGCUUGGUGCCCCCAACAAAAAUCGUGGAAUUCGAUUUGGCACAACAAACCGUGAUUGAUGCCAAAGAUUCCAAGUCCUUCAACUGUCGCAUUGAAUAUGAGAAGGUUGACAAGGCCACCAAGAACACACUCUGCAACUACGACCCUUCAAAAACCUGUUACCAGGAGCAGACCCAAAGUCACGUGUCCUGGCUCUGCUCUAAGCCCUUCAAGGUGAUCUGUAUUUACAUUUCCUUUUAUAGUACAGACUAUAAACUAGUACAGAAAGUAUGCCCUGACUACAACUACCACAGUGACACACCUUACUUCCCCUCCGGAUGAAGAUGAACAGGGCAUGAGACUGAAGCCUGCGGAGUUAAAGGUCCUAGGACAGGGCUGUUACCUUAAGGAAGAAGGUCCCAUCUGUUGCCUGGAAUGUGUCUACCCUGCCGCUCUUGCUGACUGGUGUGCACAUGCUAGUGGAAACAAUUGACGUAAUUUCUGCACAGUCAGCUUCAUCUCUCAGCAUAGUUGUAAAUCACCAUAGAUCUCAGAGUCUCAUCUGAAGACAUGCUGUCACGAAUAGAGGCACAUGAGCACCCACCCCUGCACAUUUCAGCUCCCAUCUAUCACGGUUCCCUUUGAGAGGGCUUUCAUUGUCUGACUCACGAUGGUUCAGGAUAAACUAUGAUCAAACAGAAAGAAUUAACUAGACAGAGGAUGUGUCUAACACGCUGUUACAGAAAUCUCUUUUAAGGUCUUGAGUCCUUGCUAAUCAAUAAUCCCCACUCAUGCAUUCCUACUGCUCGGAGUAGCUGUGCUGGUGAAUACUACUGUAGGAGUUAUAUGCUUGUUAAAUGGAAAAAAAUGUGUCUUUAGAGCUCAGUAUUCUUUAUUUUAUGAACACAACACAGUGUAGUAGCUUUUUCCUAGCAUACCGUAGGCACAUUCAAGGUGAUAUAGGAUGGCUUUUCUUUCUAUGGAGGGAGGAACUUGUUCUCAGUAAAGAUGAGCAAACAUAUGGAAUUUACAUGUGGGCGGACACUGGGAUUACAGCUUUUCUUGCCAAUCACCGGACCUUUGCAAUAUUGAUACCAACUAAGGCUGCUUAACACAAGUUCUGAUCAUUAUGUAAAGAAGGGAAAUGCAGGGCAGACACCAUGUAAGUUAUAAGUGUCUGUCUUAUCUUUACUACACAUAUUGUAACAAACUCAAUAUCCUAGUCUUCAUUUGUAUGAAUGGUUUGUACUGUAUAUAGUUUAACCAAGUGUUAUUUGAGCUGCUUAUUAAUAUUAAAUUGUACUUGUCUCUCUGCUUGUUAUUGGUUAAAAAGAAAAAAAAAAGGAUCUAAGGAAUCAAUUUUAUCAAUGUAGCUGUGAACUCCAUUAAAAAGACAAAUUUAAUAUACAAAGCAUCUAUUCAGCUCAAGUAUUGUUGAAAGCUAUACAUAUACAACAUUACACUGUCUGUAUUUAGAUAUUUUAUUUCUGGAAAAAAAGAAAUGUACAUAAAAAUAAAACACUUAAAGUUGAGUUUCAAUACGUAUGUGUGUAACAUGGUGAUUUAAAUGACUAUGACAGGACGAAAUGUGCUGGAACACAGCCAUGGAUUUGCAUCACAUGUCUUUGAAUUUGAGCAGAAUUAUCUAAAUUGCUAUUAGCUGCCUAGUCAAAACAACUUAAGAUUCUCAGUAUCAAGCCUAGGAACUAAUUGUGGCAUACAGCAUUGCAUGCAUUUUUUGGUUUACUGUAACGUUAGCUAUUCAAGAGUACCAAGGAAGAAAAAAAAAUCAGUGAACAUAGGGAGAAUAUUGUUGUUGCCUAAGUUAAUUAUAAUAAGUAGACUUCCUCCCAUGUACAGUCUUUAUUUAAUUGGAGUAUUGAAGUGAAGGCUAUGUUUUCUCUUUAAAAGAAAACCGAGCUGUCUUGAAGAUGUGAAUUUCCCUGAGUGGUUAUGAUGACACUGGGAAAAUUGGGACAGCAAUGGAGAGCUCCAAGCCUCACAUUACUUAUACUCGAGGAGAUCAAACUAUGUAUGCAGCAUUGUAUAUGGACACUAAGAUUUAUUUUUACAGUUGUUGUACACAAUCCUAGAAAAAUAAACAGCUGAAGAAAUGUUCAAGGUCACUCCUUUUUCAGAUAACAGAUUUGGUGUUGAAAUAUAAAGAAUCUCAAAAGUUAGCCAAGGAAGUCAAAUUAAGAGCACUCAGUCACUGUCACCCUCCAUCAUUCUUCUUAAGCUGGGUGUCCUUCUCACAGAGAAAACAACAGGAAGAUGACAGCAAAACAAAACCGCACAAUUCUAAAAGAAGAGCUUAAUCACCACUCUCACUACAGAGUCUUCUUCUGUUAAUCAAAUGGGUAACCCUGCUAGGUGUCCUUAGAACCAUCUGCCAUGCACACGCAGCCAUCUGUAUCAGUAUGUGCAUGAAGUGUCCACAAAACUUAGAACUGUGGGAGAACAGGCAGUAAGAGCUUCAUGCAUUCCAGCUGUUGGAUAUGCUUGUCCCAAAUAAGUCUUUCCUAGUGCUAUAAAUCAUGACCACUUAAGAUUUGUUUCCCAGCAAACAAAAGAGAUAAGAGAGAAAGCAGUUGUUUUCUUUAGAGUUAUUUGUUGAUUGAACUGUGGUUUUCAUAUAUGUGGUCUGAAGUGUCUUUUUCCAGACCAUAAUUCAAAAUGAGAUAAAAAUCUGCUUCAUUCUCUACCUGUCUACUCUGUUCUGCCUUGUCCCCACCCAACAAAAUACUGUUCAUAUCAUUACAAACAUAAAGAAUAUACCUAACACUGUGAUUCACUUAUCUGCCAUUUUAUAGAUUUCUUUACAAAAACAAUAUGAAAACAUAUAGACAACUUUUGAUUUCAACUAUUUAGAAAUCUAAAUUUUUAUACUCUUUUGGGCCUAUAAAUAUCUUUCCAAAUUCUGACAUUUUCAACACUGGGAUGGUGAAACAGAAGUUUAACAAUGGUUAAACCUGUGGUUGCCAGGAACUAGGUAGAGGAAGAUCAUCAAAGUGAAGAUUUCAGAUAUGCAUACUAAAAUUCUAUUAGAGCAACUUGGUACUUCAGAGAGCUAGUCAACUAAAUUUUAAUUAUAUCUAAAAAUAUACU